AUGGAUAUAAGCUCUACUAUCAACCUCAAGCUAGACACUGAAAUAGACUUGACGAGUGAGCCCCAAUUGGAAGAAAAGGAAGUGAAAGAAAUCCUAUCUCAGAGCUAUACUGGUGUAUUUUGAUUCCUCUUUAAACAAUCAUGAAGGGAUGUUAGAAGACAUAAAUGUCAAUAUUGACUUGGCUUUAGCUCAGUGUUCAUCACAGUAUUACUUACCCUUAUCAUUAACACUAUUAUGAGUAAUGGGCCAAUUAUUUUCCUAAGGCUUGCAGAAGGGAACGUUGGAGAAAUAGAUGCCAUCAUCGAAGCCUCAGAGAAUAUGAAAAAUACAAAAACAUCAUCCUCACUUAUCAAUCUAACCCACUUUAAUCUUCUGUACCCUGAAGAAUAUCUGUUAUCCCCUAGAAAAAGGGCAUUCGUUGAAUUUUACACACCAGAAAAUCCUAGUGUUUAUCCAAAUUCUCCAGAAACAGGGUUGCUUACCUAUACCAGCAGUCAACUCUCAGCAAUGGAAUUCAAUUACUAUAGAGAGCUUAAGCUUAUUACUAUCGACACUAGGCAAGAAAGGAAGAAUGAUUGUGGCCAUAAUUACAAGUUCAAUACACUAAGUCUCGGAGAAUGUGUAAUCAACGAUGAUUUCUCUACUUCUUAUAAAUUGAAGAAGGGUGACAAUAUAUUCCUAUCCUUCAAUAUAAGCCAAGAGCUCAAGAUUCUUUUUGAUCAUUUUAAGUUUCGGACCGGAAUAAAUCCAAGUCAAGAGCCAUAUUUUGAUACAAAUGUGAUUGCUCCAUGAAAGUUUGUUGGCAGUUUCACCAGCACAGGUGGUAAACUCCCCAACUCUGACGACUCCAAAGCCAUCUUCAUGGAACUCAAACACUUCUUCGAGUGGGUGGCUCCAUAUGUCGAAGUCGGCGAUGAAGACCCGACAAUGGCUCAGUUUAGAGAGUUUUUGAAAGGAAAUCAUUCAAGAGGGUAUGACUUUGCAGACUACGUGGUGAUGAACUUUCCGAGUCCUCGUACUGACUUCUACAAACAUUCCAGUUAUGACGAUCUACAAGAUAGUGUUAUUGGUUAUACAAAUAAAUUGAAGCAUAAGUUAGGAUUCUUCCCACAGUCGAUAAAGACAGAUCUUCUUGAAGAAUUGCAAACUCUCAAUCUAGGAUUAAUGUUCAUUGGAAUUAUUUUCACAAUAAUAUCUGUAUUAUUCGUCUCUGUCUCAGUGAUCCUGAUCUACAGCUUACUGAUGGCAACUGUAGAGGAGAAGUCGAUAGAGAUCGGUAUUUACAGGAUUUUAGGUGUAAACAAACUUGGAUUAGUCACAAUGGUACUGCUUAAAGCUUUCUUCUUUACCUUACCAGCGCUCAUCAUGGGGUUUUGAAUGAACUCCCUCAUUCUUUGGAUUCUAUUCGAGUAUGUUAUUUUCAUGGAAAUUCUUAAUAAUUUAUGCUUUAAUUUUUAGUUCUUCUGCAGGAAUUACUCCAAAGCCUGUUCCAACACUUGCAGCAAGCCUCUAUGCUUUAUUCAUAGGACUCAUCAUCCCAGUGCUAAGUUCUCUCUACCCAAUGAAGGUGAUCUUAUCAAAGACAUUGACAGAUGCUUUGAACUAUUCCACUGCUAAGACAAAGGCAGUGCUUAUCCAAAUUAUUUACUCUAAUAAUCUCAAUAAGAAGCCUUAUUUGGUUUUCGGAUCUUUAUCAGUAAUUUACGGGUUAUGCAUUUAUUACUUUCUGCCACUAGCAUUUAUUUCUCUCAAUUUCUCUCUACUGAUAACGAUUUUCUUCCUGAUCCUAGUCGGGAUGUUUUUAGGCUUGACUCUGCUGGCAUUGAAUCUGCAGAGAAUGCUUGAGGUUCUCUUCGUAUAUAUCUUUCUUUCUUAUGAACGCACAUCUACCAGACUGAUUGUUUUGAAGAAUAUGACCGCGCAUAAACCGAGAAAUCGAACAACUAUUCUGAUAUAUGCAAUUAGUGUUGGUUUCAUUAUCAUGAUCGUUGUAUCAUUUAAUUUAGAAAUACAAAGUACAGCAGCUUUAUCCCAACUUGCUCAAGGGCAUUAUCUUUAUGCAGAGACAAUAGAAAACGAAGGAUUCUCCUCUUUAGCUAUAGAAAAUCUGAUCAGAAAAUCGAAGGAUAAAAUUGAAUAUCUUGGAUAUGAAACACAUAAAUCCAAGGAUACUGCAUUAAAUUUAAAGGAGAAAAGAUUAUUUGCAAAUGACCGUCUUUCUUUGAUUAAUUUGAAUAUUGAGUUGACUGGGGUUACUCCAUUCUUCGGUCACACUCUCAUGAACAAGUAUCUCAAAAUGGAUGCCCACAACACUUCUACAUCACUGAGCAUUGUCGAGCAGCUGUACACUCCCAGAGGCAUGCAAGCAGUCGGUAUGCCUGGCCAUGUCAAAAACAAACUUGGACUUGAUCCUACCAGCUUCACAAACACACUCAGGAUCAACUUGCACACUUCACACUGGAACGUGCACUCCACUCUGAGAUGCCUCUGGAGCACUGAGUCGUUUCCUGGCAAGCAAAUGACUGCACGAGUCAACUCCAAUGGCUAUGACACAGUGGUGAGUGUCCCCAGUUUCAAGCGGUUGGUGGGUUCGACUCAAAGCAUCAAGCAUAUGCAGUUUCGGAGAAUGGCUAUUCAGCUUAAAGAACCUGACAACGUCGCUCACAUCAAAGAAAUCAGAGAUGCUCUGCAAGGGUCUGCUCUGGUCAGCUUGUCGACAGUGUAUGACCACUUGACUGACGCAGAUAGCCUGGGUGUGGCAACCAGUCUGCUCAGCUUGAUCUUCAACCUCGUCAUUGUGUCGGUGAUGGUGCUGUUUUACUUCGCACUCACUUCGUCGAUGUCAGCUAACAUGAUGGAGCAGAAAACUGAAAUCGGAGUCUUAAGAGCCAUCGGCAUCACCAAGUUCAGAAUGUACUUUCUGUACAUUUAUGAGUGAUUCAUCAUGGUAUUCACUGGCUGCAUUACCGGAGUGUUAGUUGGAACACUGAUUGGCUGGACAAUGACACUACAGCGAGUGCUGUUUACAGACAUACCAUUACCAUUUUACUUUCCAUGGACACAAGUGAUCAUAAUAUUUGUAAUGUCAGUAAUAUGAGCAGUAGUGGCCACAGUGUUGCCAGCAAGGCAAAUUCUGAGAAAGGAAAUAGCUCAAAUAUUUAGGUAA